ACAUGCAGCGUCAGACUUUCUUUGGCUAAAUCUAAACGGGUUCUUUUAAACUGCUUAAAAGCUGUUUGUAUUUAUAAUUUUAUUUAUAAUUUUAUGUAGUUUUACAAGAACCGGAAACUGUUUUUUUUGGCGAGGAGUCGUCAUGUCUGUUCUGAGACUUGGAAGCUUCCUGCUGCUGCUCAAUGGACUCUCAAUCUCCGCCUCCCGUUCCUUCAGCGUGGACUACGAGAACGACUGUUUUCGCAAAGAUGGGGAACCGUUUCGCUACAUCUCGGGCAGUAUCCAUUACAGCAGGAUCCCCAGGGCCUACUGGAAGGACAGGCUACUCAAAAUGUACAUGGCGGGCCUGAACGCCAUUCAGACGUACAUUCCCUGGAACUUCCACGAGGAGUCUCCGGGUCAAUACAAUUUCAGCGGGGACAGAGAUUUGGAACAUUUCCUUCAGCUGGCUCAGGAUAUCGGACUACUCGUUAUCCUACGACCAGGCCCGUACAUUUGUGCUGAGUGGGACAUGGGUGGGCUGCCUGCCUGGCUUCUCCAGAAGAAAGACAUUGUUCUGCGGUCUUCAGAUCCAGACUACGUAGCAGCGGUGGAUAGCUGGAUGGGGAAGCUCCUGCCAACAGUGAAGCCUUACCUCUAUCAGAACGGCGGCCCCAUCAUCAGCGUGCAGGUGGAGAACGAGUACGGCAGCUACUUUGCCUGCGAUUACAACUACAUGCGCCACCUCGCCAAGCUCAUGCGCUCCGUCCUCGGCGAGGAGACGGUGCUCUUCACCACCGACGGCGGCGCGCUCGGCUUCCUCAAGUGUGGCCCUAUUCAAGGCGUCUACGCCACCGUCGAUUUUGGCCCGGGUGCUAAUGUGUCCGCAGCAUUUAACGCGCAACGAUACGCUGAACCUCGCGGACCUUUGGUGAACUCUGAAUACUACACUGGAUGGUUGGACGUGUGGGGCUCGCCUCACUCCGUUGUGUCGACCACUAAAGUAGUCAAGACCCUCAAUGAGAUGCUGGCCAUGGGGGCAAACGUCAACCUGUACAUGUUUACAGGAGGGACCAGCUUUGGAUACUGGAAUGGUGCCCUUGCGCCGUACAGUUCACAGCCUACCAGCUACGACUAUGACGCUCCGCUCACUGAGGCAGGAGACCUCACGGAGAAGUACUUUUCAAUCCGAGAGGUGAUCAAAAUGUACCGCAAGCUACCGGACGGGAUAAUACCACCAUCAUCUCCAAAGUUUGCAUAUGGUGCUGUUCAAAUGAAGCCGCUACAAACCGUGUCAGAAGCUUUAGAGUCUCUCUCCUUCUCUGGCCCAGUGGUGAGCACCUACCCCCAGACGUUCACUGACCUCAACCAGGCAUUUGGCUACAUGCUGUACAGGACUGAGCUACCGGUAGACUGCAGCACGCCCAUGCCGCUGUCCUCGCCGCUGAACGGGGUCCAUGAUCGAGCGUAUGUGUCGGUUAAUGGGAUGGCCGCCGGGAUCCUCGAAAGAAACAAAGUCCUGUCCAUUAAUGUGACAGGACAAGCCGGGAGUCGGGUGGACGUGCUGGUGGAGAACAUGGGCCGCAUCAACUAUGGCAAAAACAUCAACGAUUUCAAGGGCCUUGUAUCCAACCUGACUUUGGCCAAUGUUGUUCUAAAAAGAUGGACCAUGUACAGCCUCAGUAUCGACCAAGCCAUCAACCAGGGCGUCUUCUGGGAAACAAACACCAAAUCGGCCGACCCGCUUCCGCCCGCUUCACUGUCACUUCCUGCUUUCUACGGAGGAAGUUUCAUCAUUCCGAGCGGCAUUCCGGACCUGCCUCAGGAUACCUACAUCCACCUGCCCGGGUGGCGAAAGGGGCAGGUUUGGAUCAACGGCUUUAACCUGGGGCGCUACUGGCCUUCAAGGGGCCCUCAGGUGACUCUUUUUGUGCCCGCUACUAUCCUCAGCACCGUCGCUUCCAACAACGUGACGGUCCUGGAGCUGGAAGCCGCUCCCUGCCUCUCGACCUCGUGCGUGGUGGAGUUUACCGCCACGCCUAUUCUGAACGGAACUGUGAAGCAUCAGCCCAGGCAGCGCUGGCCGAUGUUUACACGGGAUUUGUUCAGACUUUAAGGGAAGUAAACGCCUCACAAUUUGCACUAUAACACAAACCUCAAAAUCACUCUCUUGUCGGAUUGAUGGUAAAAAAAAAAAAAUAUGCAGAAAUACUUGAUCACUUCAUGACACUUUCACUUGAGUUUGAGUUUAUUUGGAACAUGCAAGCAUACAACAUGAUACAUCACAAUUUCCAGUUUGUCUUUUCAACAUGUUCGAAAAGGAGUAGGAAGAAGCAGAGCUUAUUUAAUCCUACCCCUUUUCUUUACAUAACAGUUGCUAAAACUUUUUGUUCACUUCCUGUUCACAAUUUAUUCACAAUAUACUUCAUAAGUAAUCACAAUAAAAAAUAAAUAAAUAAAUAAUAGUAAUAAUUUAAUAAUAAUAAUUGCUGAAGUAAGUCAUAUUUCAUAUAAUGAGAUAAGUAAGACUACUUUGACAUGUUUUCAUGAAAUUAUUUUGCCAAAUGGUUCUGGUUUUUUUUGUUUUUUUAAUUGUGUUGAUAAUGCAAAUACAUAUCAGGGAAGCAAAUGCAUUUACAAAAAAAUUUUGUAAGCUCAUUUGUGAAGCGUAUGAUUUUUAAUAAAAAUUUGAUUUUACACCAUCUUUAUAUGAGAUUGACCCAAAUGUGUCCAAACAUUUUCUUCUGUGGGCCAGACACUGAAAAAUCAAAGGAUUUUGAUAUGUUUCACUUUCAAAACCAGUACUAUGUAUAGAUUUUAUCAACAAAAAAACAGCCUGCAUGUAAGCUUUCUGUUAUUAGUGUCAACAUUUCAAUUACUCCUGUUUGCCCUUUUAUUCCAAUUGUUUUAUUUUUUUAAGAGUAGUUUCAGAAUAUGCGGAGGGCCGUUAAAGAAUUAGCUGCAGGCCGCAAAUUGUCCCGCAUGCUGUAUUUUGGACAUACAAGAUAAAAUUUGGUUGUGGACUACAGUAUUUUUACACCCUUUAAUGUGAAAAUUUAACUUCUUAACCAUUGUGGGGCCGCGAGCGCCCCCUAGAGGGCCGCCAGAAAGUAUGUGAUUUCUCAGCUGUACUCGUAAUACACUUUCCCACCAAUUGUGGUGUUAAUGAUAAUCAAAACCAGAGUCUGUCUCAAACAAACAGAAGACGUCUGGAGCUAAAGUCAUAUAGAGAAGUUUCUCAAGUGCAAAAAUUAUGACUUAAGUGGCGAAUUUUUUUUUUUAUUUGCACUUAAAUUUAUUGACAGUUUGUGGAGGUCUUGCUCCUCCGGGGUUCUUCAGACCACCAAGUAUGGACAUGACAGCCUCGUUCAUCGUUGUGAACAAUAAUUUAUUUUUCAAUAAACAGUUCUUUUUAGCCAUCAGUUUGUCGCAGUUGUUGCUCUCCCUCUCGCACGUGCUCCACCUUCCUUCUCCUUCCCGGCUGCUGCCUUUAACACAGCGACAGGUGAUUAGAUAAACGCGCCCAGCUGGGCCAUCUACGCACCUGUCGCUGAUCUCGAAGCCGGUCCUGGCACACCCCGCUUCACUGCAGGUCCGCAGGCCACGAUCCCCCCACCAAUGACUUCCGCAGUUAAGUUCCCGGCUAGUGGAGAGCAAGGCAGUCGGCAGUUUGCAAUGAACAAUUUCUCUUUUACAUCUACUGUAGGUGUCAAGAAACCUGAUCCACUUUCUGUCCAAUUACAAUAAAUGGAAAAUGGAUCAUCAAAAUAUCGUAAUUUUACAGAUUUUUACUAAAUUAUUAAGAUCAACGACCUUUAAUAAAGUGACGAUGCAAACAGUUCUGCAGAAAAAUACCUUUAUUCUACAGAGUUUUUCCAAAUGAUUACGAUCAAACACCUUUAAUGAAGUGACAAUGCUGGCAGUUCCACAGAAAAAUACCAUUAUUUUACAGAUUUUUUCUGAAUUGUUAAGAUCAACCACCUUUAAUAAAGUGACGAUGCAAACAGUUCUGCAGAAAAAUACUUUUUAUUCUAACAUGGCAAAAAUCUUUAUGCUCUUUUGAGGUUGAACAUUUCAAGCAUGUUGCUGUCCUAAAGGGCUUACAGCUUAUUGUUUUUACUUCAACUAAUUCCUGCCUGGAGUAUUGCAAUGCACGUUUCCUGACUUGAGGGACCUGCUUUUACUCAUUUUAGUUUUGUCGGAUUCAUUGGAAUGUACAGUAUGUACUAUGACAUCACCAUGUGGCUUGGUACACACUAUAUAAGUACCAGUAAACUAACAAGAUUUACCUUUACACUACAGAGAAAAAUGUUAGAUUGUAAGUAUGGGCAUAAACCUCUACAUAACAAGCUACAUAUUUAAUUACAGAUAAAUACACAAACUAAAAAAAACCUCAGAUUUACCCUAAAAUUACAUAUAAAACUGUUAGGAUUGUUAGUAUGGAUGUACACUUUAAUAUAACAAGCUACAUAUUUAAUUGAAGAUAAUUACCAUCAUAUUACAGAGAAAAAUGUUAAAUUGUUAGUAUGAGCAUAAACCUUUAUAUAACAGGCUACAUAUAUUUUUCAACUUGAAUGUAAAAAUACACAUAAAUAUUAAAAAAAUAAUAUUUACCUUAAAAUUACAUAUAAAACUGUUAGAUUAUUUGUAUGGACAUAGACUUUUAUAUAACAUUUAAUGAAAGAUAAUUACUGUAAUUUUACAUGAAUUUGAAAGUAAUUUAAGGAAACAGAAAAUGCUAUGUAUAAUUAAUUUGGUAUUUUUCUGUAAAAAAAAAAUAGAAAUAUACAUAGUUUGUCAUUACUGGCAUAUUACUUCAAAUAACAGGCGGAUUGUUUAUUUACAGAUAAUGUCUUCAAUUCUACAGUUUUAUAAACUAUUUUUAAAAAAAUAGAAAAAUUACAGUAGAAAUUUAGAGUAAAUUAACCAUAAAAAUAGUAUUUAGUUUUUUACAGUGUAUCAAUGGCAUUAAAGUCAUUGGUAAGGCUAUCGAUAGAGUCCACAUCAUUUUGGAACGCUGCCAUUAACGCAGGGGUAUCCAAACUUUUUCCACUGAGGGCCACACACUGAAAAAUCAAAGCAAGCGGGGGCCAUUUUGAUAUUUUUUAUUUUAAAAACCAAUAAAAUAUAUGUUUAAAAAAAUAUACAUUGAUGCCUCCACUUAGGCAAAGGGUUUUGGUCAAAAAAAUAUAAAAAAUGUGUCAUUAUUCAUUAUUAUUAUUUAUAUUAUUAUUCAAGGUUUAAAUCUCUAGAUCAACAUUAGGUCUAUCUGUCAAUAUAAAGUUGUUAAAGAUUUAAGUUAUAUGCCCUUUUUGUCAAAGAAAAUCCUGUUUUCUUAUGGAAAAAAACACAAAAUAUGCAAUAUUUUCACCCAAUAAAAAAUUGAAGUGGAAUAUUUUGGAUUAUAUAAUAAUUGGAGCUUUAAAAAGGUCAAUAACUCAUAACAACAUUGAUUUUAAUUAAUUAUUAUUUUUUGAGCAAUCACACUCAAAAAAAAAAGUCCCACUAAAAUGAUUGGGAAUCCAAAAAGGUCCUGCUCAGUAAAGUUUAAAAAAAAUAAAUCAUCCAUUUUUUUAAACUUUUAACACAAUUGUCUCAAGAUCAAGUUCAGAUCUAUCCGUCAAUUAUAAUUUUUAUUGUUGUUUAUGUUUUUUGUUUGUUUGUUUUAGGCCCCUCAAAAAAAUGUUUUUUAAAAAUAACUAACUGUUUUUUAAUUGGCAAACACAAAAUAUGCAACAUUUUCCCAAAAAACUAUCUCAAAGUGGAAUAUUAAAUGUGAUGUAUAUGGAGCCUUGAAUAAGUCAAUAAUACAUAAUAACAUUGAUUUUGAUUCUUUUUUUUUUUUUUAAAGAAAGAUAAGCCUGCAUGGCAGCUUUGUGUUAUUACAGUAAACAUUGCAACAUUUUCUUGUUACAUUUCACCUGUUUGCUCUUUUAUACCACUUUUUAUGUUUUGAUUUUUUUUAAUCGUAUUUUUAGAAUGUGCCGUGGGGCCAUUAAAAAAUGACCUGCAGGCCGCAAAUGGCCCCCGGGCCGCACUUUGGACACCCCUGCAUCAACGAGUGCCAGAGUGAGUCCUGGUUUUAGCAACAUUAAUGCUACGACUGCUAAAGCAUUGGUUAUUAUCAGAAUAUUGACAAUGGGUCAGAACUUCAAAUUUUAUGAGGUAGGGAUCGGGCAUGACUUUGGUGCACAGGAGUACGACAACUUUAAAAGUGGCAACACCCCGGACUAGAACCAGAUCAAUCGAAUUACCGUUGCAAUGUGUGGGUUCAUCUAUUUGUGUAAAACCACAACUGUCAAUUAUAUUAUCAAUUAUAACGCCACGCUCAGAGGGUCGGGGGGUUAUCCUCUGUUCCUUUGUCCGUGCAUAAGUAAAGUAUUUUUAUUCUUUUCUCUCUGUGUUAGACAUUCCAGGAAGUGAAAAUAUGAAUAUUUUAAAACAACUUUGUUGUUCAUGGUCAAGAUGGCCGUCACAGCGUGUCUUCUGCAUUAAUGUUCUCAUAGUCGCCAUGGUCCAGCUGCUGACAAGAGGACACAUGAUGACAGUGAGACUAGAUUCAUGACACCAGAACCAACAAGAUGUCACCUCUGCAGGCUGGACGAGCUCAUUUGGAUCUGCGGUGGACGAGGGAGACGUUGUCGUGCUACGUUUGGACAAUAAAUAGGACCUGCUGAGCUUGUCCAGUAAUGUAAACCACAUUUAGCAUCAUGUUCUUCUUAACAAAAACAUGAUCCGUUUUUACAAAAUAACAUUUCUGCUUGUGGGUUAAUUGUGUUACAAUGUUUAAUCAGAUUGAUGAUGGAUUAAUCUGCAUUA